CGUUGUUUGCCGACCAUCUUGGACGUGGACGUAGUUUUUGUCUCUUCGAAGCCUUUUUGUCAUUGACAUCUUUGGCUUGAAUUAUGCUGACAUGACCAUGACCACGGCCCUGCCCAUGCCAUGCCAUGUCACGACGCCGUCAUGAUUCAGGUGUCUCGCCAUCAUCAACAUAGUCUUGAUCCCUCUUUUGCCCGUGUGAAUUGAACCAUUCUUGACAAGGAAACUCACCGUUGGUGACCGACCUUUGCCAACACUACCUACUACAACCAUCACAUCUGGCGAGAGGAAGUGUGCUGGUGUGGUAGUUCUCGGCCACGAUCCCACCACUGGUCAAACCACAAAGGCCUAGGCGUUUCAGCAUUCUUCCCCCGCAUUCGCCAACUUCUCAAGGCAGUUUGUCGCUUCACUUGUUAAUCGAGACGAAACGAGGCGACAAGCGCAACAGGCCACUAUUCGAGUCGCAUAGCACCUGCGGAGAGAGAUCUUCAUUGAUCGGCGCACCCACCGACGCAGAGGCCUUUAUCCCAAAGCCGCGCCACAGAUUCGAGGCAAGAGGUCGUCCCAACUCGGCGGGGGCCAUCACCAGCGACGAACCGACGACCUCAUCAGGACUGACGCCACCGAACACUUCUCUGACGGUUUCAUUCUAAUCUGCUAAGAACCAACCGCGAAAUCCUCGAAUCCUUGAGGCUUCCCUCCAAGCCUGCCUCUGCCUCGUCUGACCCAGAUCUGACCUUGCACGCUGCGUUACAACUGCACCUUCUUCCAUCAAUCACAUCCCGCUAACGCGAACCGCUCCAUUCCGCUCCACCUGUUGGUGGCUUCGACAUCACCACAAUCACACCCUUUCCCAGAUCACCGAACCGACACCAAUAUCAAUAGAGAGUCCACAGCCACGGUCCACCUGUCGAGCCCAUCAAUGACCACAUCUCGCUCUCUCAACCGGCCCAAUUGAUCUGCCGUCCCGCAAUCGAGGUUCACCCCAUCGUCAGCUUGGAAUGGAAUUCGACAGCGUAUGACAGAGCCACUGACCAGGGACGCCGGUGUCGUGAAUGCUCAAGCAGCUCUUCCUGCUCCCUCAUCUCCGAAGUUGAACCACGAUGCCCAGGACGAUGCCCAACCUAUGUCCCGCCCCGAUCUCCCAGACCACCCAUUUCAGGGCCCCCGUUCUUCCCCACAUCCGUCACCGAGACCCUCCAGAAGUCUCAGUCGUUCAAGAGAUCCGGCUCAAGAUGAGUCUGCCCGCAGACGAUCCACGGCCAGGCCGAGAGCCAUCAAGUCAGGACGAGUUCCGCCCGCCGAAACACGACCCCGCGAGCUCCCUUUUGCUCACAUGCCUGUCUCCUUCGAUGAUUUCGCCAUCCAAUUGAGGCAACUCAAAUAUAAAGAGCAGAAGAAACAUAUACUUUCCCAUCAGAGAAGGCAACUCGCAAAAGCAAUCGCCUUGUCCGCUCGACUCCAUCGAGUCUGUUCAUGGGUUCGGGCGGGUUUGGUGGAGAUCUCGACAAAUACUGAUGCCGCCGGCUUUGCGCGUGUCCGACAACAUAUGCAUGAUUUGAUCGAUUCUUGUUCGUCCCAAUGGUCCCACGAAAUUCAAGUUGAUGUGCUCUCCACGGCGCCUCACCGUGACAAACCCUCAUUCUGGUCAAAGCUUCCAGAUUCCUCUCAGCAGGAUUGCCUCGAACUCCUAGACCAUCUUCGAAGGAAGCCCCAAUUCCUGGUCGAUCGAUUCAAAGCCAUGGGCCCCGCCCAAAUCAAAGGUCUAGCACUAUCGGCAACUCCCAAAUACCACAAAGUUUCGGAUUCCGUCUUGUCAUCUCUGCCUUCUACUCGGGGCCGCAGCCCCAGAUCGAGCCGACUAACUAGCUACUCCAAGCAGCUAGAGGAGUUCGCUUCGUCAUUUGAGCGAUCGAACCCUUUACCUUUUCUGCUUCACAACGUCUAUGGCCCCUCGUUGAACCUACGAGAUCGAGAAAGCCGGUUAAGGAUUUCCACCUGGUCCAGUGUCUGUGCUCAGUUGAUGACUGAGGCUGAAGCAAUCUACAGACCCAUGUUUGGCCGAAUCCUUUCCACCUUCCCCUCUCUGUAUGACUGGCACAUCAAGCAAAGAUUGGAAUUGCUAUUAAUGAAAAUCUUGCAGCAAGGUGCCAUGUUUCUUGACGCGGUUUCAGAAGACAAGGUCCACUUUGGCAAUAAUAGUGCUCUCAAUACUCAGGACGCUCGCGACUUCUUGGACGAGUCAGUCAGGUCCCUUUUUGCCCUUCUAGCCCUAGACGAUGGCAUCCCUUCCGGCGCACUCGAAUUUGGCCGAGCAAUCAUAUCCAAGCUUCCGUCGGAACAGGCCAGGACCAGGUUCAGGGGCGACUUCCUCAGCAGUUGGUUUUUGCGAGACUUCCUCCAUAUUGCCAUUGUUUACCCAGAGGACGAGGGCAUGUUGUUACAAGCUCAUAUCAGCACAAAAUGUAGACACAACCUGCUCUAUCGAGUUUACGAACAUGCCUUCAACCGUGCAAAUGACCUUUACAAUCCAAUGCGUUUGCAGCCUAUCGACCCUGCCGUCCACUUUUAUUUCGAAGAAAUGGUGGACAAGCUCUCCAAACCAGGAGAAUUCACAGAUCCUUACGUCUCGGAUAUGACUAAUUCCCCUUCAACUUCAUCGCCCGUGUUGACGUCUCUCUCAAUAUGUGCCGCAGAUAUAUCUCACCUCUUGGAAGGGUUGAGUCCCCAAUUCAUUCACACCUCAAGUCCCUGGAAUUCUUUUCUGAGCGCAUCUCACUCCACCUUUCGAACCCAGUACCGUGAUUCAAAAUACGACAAACUCCUUCAGGCAAUUUUGAGCGUCAUUGAGCCUGGCCAAUCCUCCAAGAAUGUCCAUGUAUGCGAAGAAGAUUGGGCAACAUUGGACAUUUCAAUCACUGGACGGCUAGUGGCACCCCAAGUGCCGUUCAUAACGGAAUCUCAAACAGCUUGGUCGUCGUUCGGCAGUCUCGAUCCCGUUGAACAUGCUGCGAUAAGGCUGGUGGAUGCAGAAAACGAGUAUCGUCCGCCUUUGACAUCUAAAAUCACCGCAAACGAGUCUAGCUUGCACGAAAUGUUUCUUAAACAGGCCAACUUAGCUCGAGUAAAAGCCGACGGUGUCACAUCCUUUUAUUGGCAUGAAGCUUAUCAAUGCCUGCAACGCGAAUAUCCAAUGGCCGUUCUCAGCACAGAUGAUACCAAAAUACUCUCGCCCCUCAUUCAAAAGACAAAGACCCUCCAGCGCGAAGUGAUUGAUACGUGUGCUCGACUCGACCACGAGCUAGCUGAUUUGGAAAGCAUCUAUGCUACAUCUAGGGCGAGGCUGACGGAGGUGGUGUCUCAAAUAGACAAGCUGCGCAUCAAACUGUGGUACACGCUCAAUAUUCUGACCUCCGACGUGUAUGAGGGUGCCAGAAAUGUUUCGAUGGGUCUGAAAAAUAUGAGAGCGCCGCCACAUCCAGGGGCAGGCCCUGAAAACCUCGGUGGAUCAGCGUACGGCACUAGUCGAUCAAGCAUGUCUAGUGCCUCGAUUUCAUCGCAUCUCGAUCAACAUCAAAUUGACACAACAAUGAUCCUCAAAGCACCAAAGAAGCAUGGCGGGCCCCAAAAAUUAUCUGACCAACAGAUUGAAGCAACCAAAAAGUGGCUGAAACGAGUAGAAAAUUUCUGCAAGGGCGAAGAACGAAUCCACCGUUUCUGUAUGGAGGUCACAUAUGCCAUGCGGAAACUGGUUGGCGAAACUUUGUCGGAUAGCCCAGUAUUAUGGUCAAGUGAGCUCUUUGCCAGGGAGAAGAACCUUUACGAAGCCCACUCGAGUAGCUUCCUCAGUCCAUCGACGCGGCCGCCCAGCGUGAUGAGCGAACCGGUGUCUUCAAGUCUGUUGGUGCCUCGAUUUGGACUCCAAGGCUCCCGCGGCUCUUUCUACAGUCAAAGUUCAAACAAGACGGGUCGUCCAUCGUUAGGAAGUGACCUCUCUUCAUUGAUCAGCUCCCCAGGCAGAGCACCGACGGUAACGACAACGGAUUCCCAUCAAUUAUGGUCACCAGCUCCCUCAAACCGAAAGUCAAACACGUCCAUGUCCUCAAGGUCGAAUUUCGGGACGAGCUUUGAAACUCGCAGCGCUGAUCGCAUCCUGGAGAAGAUGGCGUUCUUGGCAGACAUCCAGCAGGAUCUAACCUCGUUACUUCUCUCAGACCUGGGAUGUCUCGUGUGGAAUAAGGGCAGUGAGACGGACUUGUGGAUGAACAUGGUAAGUCUUUGGCCUGGAGUGGGUCAGAGCGUGAAGAAAAGGGACGUAAUGGCUCGCCUGCUCUCGAAAGAUGAGGCGAAACCUGCCCGAGCCGGGGAGCAGAGGCAAAGAAGUCACAGCGCUUCACAGGGUCCGCCAGAUUUGUUUGAGAUGGACCCCAUCGAGCGGGCGCUAGCUGAAGAGCCUGAGGGGACCGUACAAGGAGCAUUUACCUUCAGAAACGCAUUUAAGGAUAUACUGGCGAGGAUCAGCCAUCACGUGAACCCGACUAUGAAGUUGAAGGCCGUUGACGAUUUUGCUGUGUUGGCCCAAGUAUUCAGAAAAAGUGUGCCAAAGGCCCAAGAUAGGGGUUUGGAGAUGGAAGACGAUGUCAAUCGCCGCUGCAGUCUCAACCCCAGUCUUCUCUCAGCAAGUUUACUGCGGCAUGAGCAAAAGUCCAAGAUUCCCUCCACUGCAAGUGCCACGGCGACAAAUGAUGAAGCCGAGUCUGUCCAUGUGUUGAAGAAGAUCAUGUUCACCUUGGCCCCGAAAACAAUAUUCCGAGAUCUGCAGUACAUAUCAGGCUUUGUGGCAUCACCGACUCUGGAAUCCAGUGGCGUGGCGAAAUCAUUCUUACAUGUGGGAUUGGCGGCAUUAGCAUGGAAAGACGAAGUCUGCCGAGGGCUGAUUGACAUCGCAGAUGGACUGGCUGGCCGAGAGUCUCCGAACGAGUCUAAGCCCGGGGGCAAACCUCCCGGACCGGGUACAUCCGUGAUUAAUGCAGCCGACCUAUGGAUGAUUGCCGCUCGUGAAGGACAUGCGGUGGCACAACGAGAGCUCGCGAUUUUGUACUUGACGCAUGCCGAAGAGAUGCCGAUCGUAAGCAUGCCAUGGGCACUAGCCGCGGACAUCUUCAAGCCCGACAUGAUAUGGGACCAAGAUGCAGAGCCACAGCAGCUGCAUCAACCAGAUCAACCACAAUCUCAAAGCCAGCACCGUCGACAGGCCUUGUACCUGGCGCUGCAUUGGAUGCAAGUGGCAGCUGACAAUGGAGACGUGGUGGCACAGAAACGACUGGAGGAACGGCGGGCUGGCCGUUCGAUACCCUGAGAGACACGAAGCUGGAUUUUUAACAUGGUCUUUUCUUCUUUUCCUUCCGGCUGGUCACCUCAAAGACGCAGUCUGAGGAUUGUGAAUUGUAUAACGAGACUUUUAUUCCCUUGGUCGAGCCACAUGGAUUGCGGAGAGCACGCGGCAAGAAUGAAGAGAUGGCGGCUGCAUUCGCGACUGGUCAACUAAAGGAUGAUGCUUGGAUGAACAGGUUCCUGGAAAGAGAGAGGAGGGGUAUUUGGGAACCAUCACCCCAAGAUGCAAGAUCACCAUCACCGUCGAAUUUGACCCAUGAGAGGUCUGGCGUUGUCGUCGUUGUCGGACUUGAGAGGGGUGGUUUAUUUGGGUUUCCUUUUGGAUUGUGCGCCUGACGGACAUGGUCGUCAGGGUCAAGUGGUGUUGACGGACGAACAACAACCAAUUUGACUGACACAAGACCUUUGGAGGAGGCGACAAUUGAGAAGGAGAAGGGGGACGGAGGGAGAAGGCAAAGGACAGGGAGGGUCAUCAGUCUCUCUGGGACAUGUCACUCAAUAUAACAACGAUACCACAACGUGUACUCAUUACAUGGAUUCUCUUGACAGAUAUUCCAAGACUUAGGGAGGCAUAAAUUGCUAACAGUUUUUGCAAUCAAUCAAUCAUCAAUAAUUC